GAUACUCCCAUGGUGAUUUAUUUAUUUUAUUUCGGAAAUGUGUAUUCUUGGUUUCGGUAUUGGACAAACCUAAAUUUUUAAAUAUAUAACUAUAUUAAUAUUAAAAAAAAUUAUGUCAGAAAAGGAUUACGCGCCUUUGAGCACUUAUUGUGUUCGAGCAUUAAAUGACAAACUAUAUGAAAAGCGUAAAACCGCUGCAUUAGAAAUUGAAAAAAUGGUGAAGGAUUUUCAAAGGGUUGGCGAAACGGGUGAAAUAAGAAAACUACUCAAAGUAUUAGGACAAGAUUUUACUUUAUCUCAAAAUGUCAAUAGCCGUAAAGGUGGACUUAUUGGUUUGGCAGCUAUGUCUGUAGCUCUAGGAAAGGAUACAUCUCUCUUUGUAGAUGAUCUUGUGCAGCCUGUUCUUUCAUGUUUCAAUGACCAAGACACUAGAGUUCGCUAUUAUGCAUGUGAAACUCUGUACAAUAUUAUUAAAGUGGCAAGAGGAUCUGUGUUGCCAUUUUUUCCAGAAAUAUUUGAUGCUCUUAGUAGGUUAUCAGCUGAUCCUGAUCAGAAUGUGAAAAAUGGUUCUGAAUUAGUUGAUCGACUCUUGAAAGAUAUUGUUGCCGAAAGUUCCUCUUUUGACCUUCCAGCAUUUAUUCCAUUAUUGAGAGAAAGAAUAUGUUCCAAGAAUCCUUUUACAAGACAAUUUAUUAUCUCAUGGGUAUCUUCAUUGGAUUCUGUUGCUGAUAUCAAUAUGAUUGUUUUCUUACCUGAAAUUCUUGAUGGUCUUUUCGUUAUUUUAGGUGAUCCACUUGCUGAAAUCAGGAAAAUGUGCGAAUCUGUUCUUGGAGAAUUUUUACGAAGCAUCAUUGAAAAUCCAAAACGAGUUAACUUUAAUGAUAUGGUAAACAUCUUGACUAUACAUGCAAAUUCUACAGAAGAAUUGGUGCAAUUCACUGCCCUUACCUGGUUAAAGGAAUUCGUGGAACUUGCUGGGUGUUCACUUUUGCCAUAUGCAUCAGGAAUACUCACAGCUGUGCUCCCAAAUUUAGCUCAGGAUACAGAAAGUCGAAGAAAAGAUAUUAUUGAGACAGCCAAGACAGUAAACAAUGCCCUCAUGAAACUAGUUGUGCAGCAAAAACAGCAGCUGACUUGCGAAAGUGCUGAAGACUCUUCAGAAAAAGUAGAAGCUCCCCUGAUGGAUCAGCUUGACAAUCAGCUGGAUUUAAAAUCUCUAGUCAUGGUGUUGACUCGGCAGAUCAAGUUCAAUUCCAUUCAAACACGUAUAGCUGUACUUAAAUGGAUACAUCAUUUGCUCCUCCAAAUUCCCGAUAAAUUCUUUAUGUAUGUGGAAGAUAUAUUUCCAGUGCUUCUACAAGCUCUUUCUGAUUCAUCUGAUGAGGUAGUUGUACUUUUAGACUUAGAAGUUUUAGCUGAAAUAUCCAAGUCACCUGCUGGAUUGAAACACCGUUCUAGUCUUGAGAGUGUGCCAGCUGCCAAUUUUAUUAAGGACAUAAAAUUGAAACCGCCUUCUGAUAUGAAUAGUUAUUUUACCAGUUUUAUGGUAUCGCUUCUGUAUAUGUUCAACUCAAACAGUCAGCUGUUUGAAAUUAAAUGUCCUUUCAUUAUUAGGCAGCUGUGCAUUUUGUUAAAUGCUGAAGAUAUUUAUCGCACUUUGUCCGAGAUUCUAGUCAUUUAUAAUGAUGCCCGGUUCUCCUGUCAGAUGGUUCAUACUUUGAAUAAUAUAUUGCUUACAUCAACAGAGCUUUUUGAUCUUAGAAAUCAGUUGAAGGAUUUAAAAACUGAGAAUAGCUGGUCAUUAUUUGCCUGUCUCUACAGAUCCUGGUGUCAUAGUCCGGUGGCUACUGUCUCCCUGUGUUUAUUGGCUCAAACGUACAAACAUGCCUGUGAUUUAUUACAAACUUUUGGUGACAUUGAAGUCACUGUUGACUUUUUGACAGAAAUUGACAAAUUAGUGCAGCUUAUAGAAUCUCCUAUUUUUACAUAUUUGAGGCUGCAGCUUUUGGAUCCCCAACAAAACCCAUAUUUGGUGAAGAGCUUAUAUGGUUUGUUGAUGCUUCUUCCUCAAAGUGAUGCAUUCCAUACAUUAAGGCAUAGAUUGGCUUGUGUGCCAAAUGUUCAACUCAUGCCACCUCAGAAAACAAAGCCCAAGGAUGAGCGGAAACCUCCAUCAUUCAUCAAUUAUGAUGAACUUUUAAAACACUUUAAAGAGGUUCAAGAUCGAAGACAGAAAGAAAAAAAGAACCUACUGUGGAAAUGACGAUUGUAAAUAAUGUAUAUUUUAAUUGUAAUCAAAGCCAAUAUUUAUCUAAUGUAAAAAGUUUUAUCAUCUUUGUACUGAAUUCAUAAGCAAUUUCUUUUAGUGCUUUUGAAUAUUUUAAAUUAUAAUCCAUUUAUUAUAAUUCUCAAUCAUUUGUUCAGUUUGUCUGUAUUUUAUAGUAUAAUUAAUAUUAAUCAAAUUUAUCAUUUUAUUGUUAUUCUUUCAUAUAUUCUAUUUUUAUAUGUUUUUGUGAUUUAUUAUUUUGAAAC